AUGGCCCUCCCCACCCUCCUUUGCACCGUCCUCGCCGCCCUGGGCGGCGUGCAGGCCGUUACCGUCUACGGCCAGACCCCGCUUGUAACCGCUACCUCACUCGCACCUGGGGCAUCCUACACUGGGCUUGCUGCCUAUGACACCCGGAUACUGGACCCGCCGCCGCUACCCGAGCCGCGCCCGCCUACCCAGUUCGGAAUCCAGCUCUCGGCGACCUCGAAUAACGUCCAGGGCCUCUCCAUACCCCUCAGCGGAGCAUUCUAUGGUUUCUCGGUGGAGAUGUCCGUCGUGACACAAGUUAGUGAUACCAGCUCGUUCAUUCACCCGCCCUUCUUGAACAUGAUGUCGCUCAUCGCGGAGCGCGCGGGACGUGUGCAUGUCCGUGUGGGAGGUAACACCCAAGACUUCGCCCGCAUGGUUCCGUCCCUGGCAGAUGGCAAGGCGAUCGAGAAGCAGGUGGUCAACACAAACAACCCGACGCAAACCCCCGGGCUGCUGUAUACAACGGAGAUUCUAUAUCUGCUGUCUAACAUCUCGUCUUUGACGAACGUGAAGUGGUAUCUUGGCGUACCGCUCAACGACUCGGCAAACCUGGCACUCGAUAUCGUCCCGUGGGGCGAGCGCAUCCUAGGCGACAGCUUGCUUGGUUUCCAAGUUGGUAACGAGCCGGACUUGUACCAGAGACACGGGCAUCGCGUUGAAGGUUACGGACCAUUCGACUACUUUGGGGAGUUUGGCGACGUGAUUGCAGGCAUCAAGGCUCUCAACGUCGACGUCGCGAACAACUUGAUUGGCCCAAGUUUGGCGACAGGAGAUUGGUACCCCGAGGACAUCUGGAACACCGGCUUCAUCCCGGCGUAUACUGAGUCUCUUGGAGCGCUGACUGUCGAACAUUACCCCGAUGACAACUGUGCCGCCUUGUACGAAGGCUUCGGCACUCCUGUGGACCCUCAACAGGAGUUUGCGCGAUACCUGAACCACACUGCAGGCAAAGACAUCGUCAGCAUCUACCUGAACUCGACCAAUAUCGCGCAGCAGGCGGGCAAGCCGUUCAUCAUGUUCGAGACUAACACGGCGUCAUGCGGCGGUUUCCCGGGGAUCAGUACAAGUUUCGGCGCGGCGUUGUGGGCGAUCGACUAUGGCUUGACGAUGGCAUACAGCAACUUCUCGCACGCCCUGCUGCACGUCGGUGGUCAGAAUGUGUACUAUAACCCCUUCACAGCCGUGCCCACAAACCAGUCGUCCUUCAACGAGUGGACUGUCGGCCCCAUCUUCUACUCCGUGCUCGCAGUCUCAGAGACGCUCGGGUCCUCCAACAAUUCGCGGAUCAUCGACCUUAACCAGAAUGAGGGCAACAUCUUCACGCCCGGCUACGCCAUAUACGAGAACGACAACCUCGCGCGCCUGGCCCUCAUCAACUUCAUGACGGACUCCUCCGGCGCCAACGACUACACCGCGACCAUCUCAAUCGGUGGCGGAGAGUCUGGCCAGCCGAACGGCACCCCUGCGCAGAUUCAAGUGAAGUACCUCGUCGCGCCCUCCGUUGGCGACAAGUGGAACGUCACCUGGGGCGGUCAGUCGAUGGGCGGGCAGUUCGAGGCCGACGGGCGGCUCAAGGGCGAGCUCAAGAUCGAGACCAUCCAGUGCGAUCAAGCAGCAAAUACCUGCCAGGUGAAGGUCCCCGCACCGGGCUUCGCGCUCGUGUUCAUGACGGAGGAGGCGAUGAGGGAGUCUGAGCCCGCGAGCACCGCGACGUUCGCGACGACCGCGAUCACGAAGGCGAAGAACACGGCGACCAUCGACCAGGCCGUGCUCGCGACGUCGAACGGGAACAAGGGCAUGCAGGGCCGCUACGGAAGCACAAGCGCUGGGAGCAACGCCGCGCCGAGAGCGGCGGGCGCGUACCCCGGCGCCGUGGCGUUGUUGGCGGUGGUCGCCGGCGCGGAGGUUGUCCGGAGGGCCAUCUCGCGGCAUGUUUAG